UCAGUGACACAGAGGAAGGACUUCCAGGAGAGGCCAGGCCUCUCAAGGAAGGAAGUGGCCACUGGACCAAGCACCAGGUGAAGGCGGGCCGUGGGCACUACAGGAGGACAGCACAUACCAGGCAUCAGGGUGUGGGAAAUCAGUUUAUUGCGGGCACAGCCAGUGACAGGAAGCAGAACGUGGGGAUGGAGGGGCUGGGUGGCCCACAUCAGCCAUGCCAGGAGAGAAGGCUGGGCACUGACCUCUUCAGGAAAGGCAGGACAGAUAAGGAAUCGAAAAGACUGGAGAGAGCCACAGACUGAAAAAGAAGGACUAUAUUUCAGGUUUAAGUUCAAAAAGCUGUACUGGAUUGUGAGACCAUGAAAAAAACACACAAUUUCCCUCCUCCGAGUUUGAACUCAAGUACUCAUGCGAUCACAGUGCGUCAAAAUGUGUCUUUGUUUUGUUCUCACAAGAACAAAUCAAUGCAAAUCACCUAUUCACUGUUUUUGAGUAAGAAACACCUGGAAACCAAGAAAGGCAAAGGUGAACCUGUGAUUUUUUACCUAACAAUCUCCAAAGCCAAUGACUCAGGCCCUUACAAAUGCAAAGCUGAAGUUUUCAACUGCUCAAAAUAUAGUCCCGGGUUCUACUUCAUGGUUGAUGAUGAAGACAGCUGUCCUUCAUGCCUGCUGCUGCUACUACUGCUAAUUCCAGUGUCAUUUUUGGUGUUGCUGGCAAUAGUCCUAGUUUGUUUGAUACCAAAGUACAAAGCAAGAAAAGCUAUGAGAGAGAAUGUGCCCAAGGACCCUGGAGAUACACCCAUGGAAGGUGAACUGUACGAAAAUGUCUGUAAAGAUCAAGCAGGCGCAGGAGACUCCCAGGAGAUACAUUACGCCACCCCCGUGUUCCAAGAAGCCGCCCGCAGGGAGCAAGAGACCUGUCAUGACUGUAAAACUGGUCAUGUCUAUUCUGAACUCACCUUGUGAAACUUAAAGAAACUACUUUGGUGUAAGAGACUUUCUUGAAGGUGAUUUACAUGAAAACAAAGAAAAUGCAAUGGCACUUUUAAAAGUCUAGUUUAAACCAGGCAUGGUAGACUGUACCUGUAAUCUCAGCACUCAGGAGGUUGAGGCAGGAAAAUUGAGCAUUUGAGGCUAGCCAGGGCUACAUAGCAAGUCUGAAGGUAAAAUGGAGUGCACAGAGAGAGACUCUUUCAAAACAAACAAAAAACAAACAAUUAAAAAUAUCUAAAGUGGUCA